AUGAGUGACCUGGAAUUAAUUGCUGCAAAAAAACGUCAUGAAGAAGAGGAGUCAGCGAAGAUCUUGGAGUACGAGCAGAAGCGUCGUGCCGAGAAGGAGCAGAUCGAGCAGGAGCUUCGGGAACUGAAGGAGAAGCAAGAGCAGAGACGUCAGAUGCGCAUCGAGGAAGAACGCGAAUUCGAGGAACGCCGCCGUCAGAAUGAGGAGAAACGACGUGUCGAAGAGGUUAGUGCUACCUGGGCAAGAGACCUGAAAUUAAUUUUAGAUCAUCAGGUAGCCAGUUACCUGGAAUUUUGA